CAAUGGAGUCCCGAGCUAGAGGGAUCACCGUCCUGGGUGUCCUGAGCACAGCUCUUCUUGCCCUCGUUGCCAGCUCCAUUCUCAAAGAUGUCUCAGAAUCGAGUCUAUAUUGUGUAUCUAGGGACUCCCCAUUCUUCGUCACCACCUUGAAUCCUUCUGUACCCCAAGCGAGUUGCUUUCGCAUUCAACAAGGAAUCUUCACAGAGGUUCUCACAGAAGAACCAACCUCCAUUGACGAGGAAAUCACGGUUCUAAAUGGCUACGUUCUUCCUGGCAUCAUUGAGUCGCAUGGUCACAUCCUGCAGUAUGGCGAGAUGCUCGAAUCUGUUUCUUUGUACGGCGCCCAGAGUGUCGGUGAAGUAAGGGCAAGGAUCAAGGACUUCUUGAAAGCCCACGAUGGUGGGGGAUAUGGCACGCGCGAGAAAUGGAUCCGGGGGGUUGGGUGGGAUCAGGCCUAUUUUGGAGGAGUAAUGCCAACUGCGGAAGAGCUUGGCGCUGAACCAACCUUGGCAGACCUCUACAUUAUGCUUGAUCGUGUGGAUGUGCACUGCGUUUGGACGUCAAACAAGGUUCUGGAUCUUCUACCAAAACCGUUACCUGAUGCACCGCCUGGUGGUGUGAUUGUAAAGGAUCCCGGAUUGGGUGUUUUCUGUGAUAAUGCCAUGGAUGCGAUCAUACUUCCCCUUGCACCAAAGCCAAACACCGCUCAAAAGACUCGCUGGUUCCAAACCGCAAUGGCUGAGUUGAACAAGGUAGGUAUAGUUGGGGUAGGGGAUGCUGGCAUGCGGGCAAAGGACGUUUCGAUUCUCGAGUCGAUGGCCGAGAAUCAGGAGCUCAGUAUUAGAAUCAAUGUGAUGUUGGAAUGCGUAGAGCGAAACACCUUUUGUCCAGAUGAAGUUCGUGGAUUGAAACUGCUCGAUUCUCCAAGCGGGCUUGGAGACCAUACAUUGAUGCUGGGUGGAGUAAAGAUUUUUGCAGAUGGAGCAUUAGGGUCUUGGGGCGCUGCGUUGUUGAAACCAUACACUGACAAACCAGAAACAAGCGGUACUAUGCUGAUAAAUGAAACAGAGCUGACUACAGUGGUAAAUCAGUGGUUUGAUGCUGGCUUUCAAGUUAACGUACAUGCAAUCGGAGAUCGAGCAAACCGAGCGGCAGUUGAUGCCUUCGAAUCCGCUCUCGGUCCCAACUGCGAAGCAUGUAACGAAGGAAGACGCCUGAGGAUUGAGCAUGCUCAGAUUAUUGAUCCUGAAGAUCAGCUAAGGAUUUCAAAAAUGGGCAUCAUCCCCAGCAUACAGCCCACGCAUGCAACUUCGGACAUGGCAUAUGCGCUGUCCCGAUUAGGUCCCGAACGGCUUUCACACUCAGCAUAUCGAAUGGCGAGCUUGUUUCCCUCUCAGAAAGUUGUUGACAGCGGAUACCCUGGUCCCGUCUUAGGAUCCGACUUCCCAGUUGAACCUCCAAACCCAUUCCACGGCAUGUACGCUGCUGUAACACGCCUCAACCCAGCAACAGGCACAAGCCCGUCUGGUGAAGGUGGCUGGUAUCCUCAGGAAGCAUUGACCGUCGAACAAGCUCUUCUUGGAUUCACAAAGAACGCAGCUUAUGGUUGGUUUCAGGAGGACAGGGCAGGAGCCAUUGAAGUUGGCCGGUGGGCCGACUUCAUUGUUGUAGACAGAAAUAUAUGGGAAGAUGUAUCGGGGAGGAGUUUGAAAGAUUUGACGGUUCGGGAGACGUGGAUGGGGGGACGGAGGGUCUAUCCCCGACAAGACUUUCAGGUCAAGGGAGGACCCAAAGCAUCGUUCAAGGAAGCCAUUAUGGCUGUGCAGACCUCCCUGGCUCAAUUAUUCAAGCGGAUGAUGGGAGGCACAGGCCAGGAACUAUAGCAUAUGGUUAGCUUAGACAUCUAGUUAGCGUUGCAUGGAUUUGGACAACUCGUUGAGCAUUACUGAACGGCUAUGGGGUGUGUGCUGGCAUUACCCUUUGAUGGCGUUAGAUCACUGUCAUGGCCGGGUUGCUUUGGUCAACGAGUAUUGCGAAAAGGUGGCUAAAGCCUCCAAUACAGCUAUACCUAGAUAGAUGCAAGAGGCAAGAAGUCCCGUGCUCCUUCCUUACCGGUCGAGAGGGACGGUUAGGUCGAGUACAAGUGCCGGUAUGCAAGGUUAACAGCCUAGAUAGAGUAUUUUGAAUCAAGGCGCGCUCUCUUCC